CCGGAAACGACUCUGCCAUCUUCCUUUUAUUUCGUGGGCUGCUAAACAGAACACGCGAGUUUCUGUUAAACAAAAUAUUUCAUAAAUAUGGCUCCAAGGUACGAUAUGGCCAUUGGCCUUAACAAGGGUCACAAAACCACAAAGUUGAUAGGCAACAAGAACAGGCCCUCAAGAAGCAAGGGUGUUUUGACCAAGCACACCAAAUUUGUGCGUGACUUGAUCCGUGAGGUAUGUGGACAUGCCCCAUAUGAGAAGCGCGCCAUGGAAUUGUUGAAGGUGUCCAAGGAUAAGAGGGCUCUUAAGUUCUUGAAGCGCCGUUUGGGCACCCACAUCCGCGCCAAGAGGAAGCGUGAAGAGCUCUCCAACAUCUUGACCCAAAUGCGUAAGGCUCAAGCUCACGCUAAGUAAUGUAAACAAAUACAGUACUUUUAAUUUUUUUGAAUAAUAAAAUAUUGAUAUAUUCCACAAA